AUGGAAAAAGCACAGCACCACGACUGGCAGCCCUCCCCGCACUGCGACGCCGUCGAAUCAUGCAAGACACAUAAGCCAUUGGGUUCUAUCUAUGGGGAGGUCAAUGUGCGACCUACAACAUCUAGGGAGUCGCUACCGGACGGAGGCUAUGGGUGGGUGUGUGUUGCAGCAGCAGCAGUUAUUAAUGCGCACUCAUGGGGAUUUAAUUCCGCUUACGCCAUCUUUUUGGCCCGUUAUUUAAAGAACGACACCUUCUCUGGAGGUUCACCUCUCAUCUAUGCUUUUGUGGGAUCCUUGAGCGUCACAUUUCUGUUCCUGACCUCACCCAUCGCUACUUAUGCGGUGAAAAGAAUAGGCAUCCGAAAGACGAUGCUAUGUGGAUCUAUCCUUGAAACCACCAGCUUCAUUUGCGCGAGUUUUGCAACCGAAUUAUGGCAGCUUUUUAUGACACAGGGGAUUCUCUUUGGUAUGGGAUUGGGACUACUCUUCGUACCAACUGCCGCCGUCGUCCCUCAAUGGUUCAGCCGUAGGCGUUCGCUCGCAAGCGGUAUAUCACUUUCUGGGGCCGCGGCUGGAGGCGCAGUGUACUCUCUCGUGGCCGAGGCCAUGAUUGAGAGACUCGGGCUGAAAUGGACGUUCAGAGUACUGGGCAUUAUUGGGUUCGUGGUGAACAACACCUGCGUGCUUCUGAUCAAAGAUCGAAGUAAGGUCAGGGGCCCAAACCAAACCACAUUCAAUGUGUCCCAUUUUAGACGAAAAGAGUAUUGCCUCCUUCUUGGCUUCGGCGGUUUCACCAUGCUUGGAUACUUUGUCUUAAUAUUUACUCUGGCCAACUAUGCGAACGAGAUUGGGCUGAACCAUUCACAGGCAUCUUUAGUAAGUGCACUUUUCAACGUUGGGCAAGCAAUUGGCCGGCCUCUGGCUGGAUAUAUCAGCGACAAGACGGGAAGAAUGAACGUGGCGGGUUCUCUCACUUGUGCUGCUGGUGUACUAUCUGUAUCAGUCUGGGUUGUCGCUAAGAAUCAAGGUGUGUUGAUAUUCUUUGUCCUCUGUGAAGGUCUGGUUGCAGGAAAUUUUUGGGCAACUAUCGGGCCUCUCAUGGCAGAGGUCCUCGGUAUAAGAAAUGUACCUUCUGGAUUGAGUCUUAUGUGGUUGGGCUUAAGUUUACCAUCUACCUUUGGCGAGCCAAUUGCUUUGGAGAUCUUUAUAAAGACUGGAGACUACCUCGGAGCGCAGCUAUUCACUGGCUUUUCUUAUAUCGGAGCUGCCAUCUGUAUAUUGCUUCUGCGUGGAUGGAAGCUGGAGCAGCGGUCUUUGCUCACCUCCACGGUGGAUAGCAACUAUCAAACUCAAGAGACGGUUGAAGCAGGAUCGGAGCUACUGGAUGUUGUGAGUAAAGACGUCAGGUUCAGAUUCAUGUUUCGCAGGUGCCUACAAAUAGCGAAUGUUUAA